CGCGCUCCCGCAGCUUCCAGAAGGGCCGGAGCCCGCGGGGGGGCCGGCCCGGUGGCGCAGUCGGAAUUGCCGCGGCCGCGGGGCCCGGCCGGGGCGGGGCGGGCGGUGAUGCCCUUGUUUAUUUUUACCAGGGCGGUUCAUCCUCCUCGGCAGCCCCAGCGCGGCCCCCGCUGCCGCUCCCCGCCCCAGCUCCGACGGCGGCGCCGCCUAUAAAGCGCCGCCCGCGGGGAGCCGAGGAUGCAGCUCUACAGCUCCGUGAUCACCCACUACCCGGCGGCCGCCACCGCAGCAGCCGCCGCGGCCUCGCCGAGCUCCGCCGCGGUCUUUAAGGUCUCCUUGUCGCCGGGACCCUCCGCCGCGGAGACACCGAGCGCCGCCGACGCCGCGGGCCCGAACGCGGCCGCCGAGAGCUCCGGCAAGGACAGCUUCGUUCCCGCGGGGGGCAGCAGCAGCGCCGCCGCCAUGCCCGCCUUCUCGUCCUGCCUGGAGGUGAUGCCGAGCGGCCCCGCGGCGGGCCCGGCCGGGCGGCCGGCGGGCGGCCCGCAGUUCAGCUCCUGCGCGCAGGUCACCGUCAGCCGCCGGCGGCCGCUGGAGCGGAUCGUGCCCAUCCGCAUCGUGCAGCGCGCCGAGGCCGCCGCAGAGCUGGUGCCGGGCUCGCCGCGCAGCCGCGCCUGGCUGGAGGGCAUCCUGGAGAGCGUGCGACAGGCCGGGGGCGACGGCGAGGCCGCCGCCGAGGAGCCCAGCAACCGCAGCCUGCGGCUCAGCGAGCACUGCCAGGCGCUGCAGGCGGCGGCGGCCGGAGCCCAGCCCGGGCUGGUCCCCGGCUGCGGCCCCGCGGAGCGGAGCGGGGGCCCCGCGCAGCCCGGCGGCCCCGCGCACGGCGAGGAGGAGGAGGCGGCGGGGCCCGACGUGCGGCGGGGGCCCGGCGGCAGAGCGGAGCGCAGCGAGAAGCUGGCGCUGUACCUGGCCGAGGUGGAGAAGCAGGACAAGUACCUGCGGCAGAAGGGCCGGUUCCGCUUCCACAUCAUCCCCGACGGGAACUGCCUGUACCGCGCCGUCUGCAAGGCGGUGUACGGGGACCAGCGGCUGCACGGCGAGCUCCGCGAGCAGACCGUGCACUACAUCGCCGACCACCUGGACCACUUCAACCCCAUCAUCGAGGGCGACGUGGGAGAGUUCCUCAUCGGCGCCGCCCAGGACGGGGCCUGGGCCGGCUACCCGGAGCUGUUGGCCAUGGGGCAGAUGCUGAACGUGAACAUCCAUCUCACCACGGGCGGCCGGCCCGAGAGCCCCACCGUUUCCACCAUGGUUCACUACCUGGGGCCCGAGGACCCGACACGGCCCAGCAUCUGGCUGAGCUGGCUUAGCAAUGGGCACUACGAUGCUGUGCUGGACCGCGUGUGCCCCAACCCGGAGUACGAGGCGUGGUGCAGACAGACUCAGGUACAGCGCAGGCGGGAUGAGGAGCUGGCCAAGUCCAUGGCAGUGUCCUUGUCCAAGAUGUACAUUGAGCAGAAUGCCUGCUCGUGAGACCGCCUGGGCCGGGAGCUUUGCUGCAGGGACUGACAGAGAGGUGUGCUGGCUGUGAUGGUGAUGCCUUAAUCCUUAAUGAAGCAGCAGCACCCCAGACGGAGAAAGAGUGUAGGUUGCGGGGGAUAAAUACAGACGUAGUUGUAAUAUUCUGUUGUAAAAACUUAGCCUCGGGUUAUUUGCAAGCAGAUUUCUCUGUGUAUGUUUGUGUCUCCCCUCCUCACUGUCUAUUUUCUAUAAGAAUGUAUUUUUUGCACACUAUUUUUAAACUGUUACCUCCAUCUUCUACAUCUUACAUUAGUAUCUGGCUUUCAGCUGUACAGCCAAAAACGUUUGUAAACAGUUUUUGUAAAUAAGGCUUAUGAUGUAACAGCUAUUUUUUGCUGUGUUUUUUACCCAUAAACCUUAUAUUUUUACCAAAUGAAGUUGAUGUCAAACUGACCCCCCUAGUUGAUGAAAAUAUUGUGGGUAUUUUCUUGCAAGAUUAAAAUAAUGGCUUUUGUAAAAGUGCGUCAAAGUGAGAACAGACUGCUUUUAGGAACAGUUGCUUUCUCUGCCUGGAGCACAGAACAGGUCCUUUGAGCCAGUUGGAAUGCAGCUACACGUGAACAGUGCAGGGAGCAAUUGACUCUUCUGUUUUUAAUUACUGUUUUGAAUAAACUGGCCUCUUGUUGCCUGGUUGGCUCACUCUCUGCUCCAUUUAUAUUAUUUAUCUAUAAUAACAGAACAUUAACUUGCAAUAGAAUGUUGUGACUAGAUAAGAGUCUCCUGCUUUGGCAGUAAUUGCCUUGGCUGCACCUCAGUGUUUGUGUUCUUGUUUCUGGGGUAUGGUGUCUUUCGUAUAAGUCCUGCUUCUUUUUUGGCACUGGUAUUUCACCAACAAGUCAUUAUCUGAUCACAACAUUUUAUUCACAUGACUUUAUUUUCUAAUCAGGAAUGGUAUUCUACAUUAUGGUUUAAAAGAAAAAAAAAUACUUAAAUUGAGGUUUGUAUGGUUUGCUGGGUCAAACAUUUAAAUGUCUCCAAUCUGGAUUCUGUUUCUUCUACUUUCUGAUUAACUUGUUAGAUAUAUUUAUUAAGUAAUGCAGUUUGUACUUUUUUAUUUUGUAAUAUAUUGUGAUUUUGGAAUUUAUACUGUAUUUGUAUAAUAGGAAUAUUCACAGCUAAAAUGGAAUGAAUAAAGAAUAUAAUUUUACUUGUG